UUUUCAGGUUUGGGGUCGAUAAUUCUGUCGCUACGAGCGUAUCCGAUAUCAUCAAAGGAUACUUCUCAGAGGCUCACCCAAACUGGAAAAAGACGCCGCACCACGUUAGAAACACGUGGUUCAAGAUGUUUGCUCAAAGAUACCAGUGGUCCAUCGGGGUUCACGAGGACGUGAAACGGGAGUUCACCGCAAAGGCGAAGAAGCGGUUGUUGGACACCGUAGGCAACUGGAAGGAGGACUGGAUCUACAAGGGUUACAAGGACGGGCAACCCGCUGAGCUGACCAAGGAUGUCUACGAUGGUCUCAUCCGUUACUGGGAGCUGCCAUCAUCCAUUGCGAUCUCCAACGCCUGCUCUGCCUCUCGUAACACCAAAGACGAGCACGGCAACGGCCCGAUGCUUCACUGUACGGGUCAAAAACCCCAUGCCCGUGUCCGCUUGGAAAUGGCCAAAGAGACGGGACAACUCCCGUCUCUUAAAGAGCUUUACGAGAGGACCCACAAGACCAAGGCGGGGGUAUUUGUGGAUCCGAGGUCCGAGCAAAUCUACAACGAUGUCGUUGCUCGGAUUGAAGACCGCCAAACCCAGCUGACCCAGCAAUCUUCCGAUGGAAUACCGGUCGUAUUAUCCACUCAAGAAGUGGAUCAGAUUUACGAGGAGGUCGUCCCUAAGAAAAAGGGACGUACGUUGGGAAUCGGUUCCGUCAACGAUGUCCCAAGAGCGACAUCGUCUUAUGGUCAGAGACGAGCCGACGAAGUCACUGAGCUGCGUUCGGAGUUACACUCGACGCGGACUCAGUUGGCGUCGACGCAGACGGAGUUGGAGUCUACGCGCCAAUCAUUCCAAGCUCGUAUGGGUGGAGUGGAGGGGUUUCUGGAAGUUAUAUCUUCUGGAAAUCCCCAAUGGGAGGAGUUGUUGGCGGAUAUGCGACGACGGAACCCGGUUCCCGAGCCUUCUCGUACUCAGCAGCAAGAGGAGGAACUACAGAGGAGGAGUGGAGACCUCUACCGGGAAACGAUCCACCGCCCCGGCCCGACUUAG